AUGCAGGUCAUAACCGAGUGGGGCGUGAGUUUAGCGGUCGUGGCGGAACCAUGGUGCAUCCCCCCUCGAACAAACUGGGUGGGGGCAACGGACGAUAAGGUGGCUCUAGUCAUGCCAGCUAUCGGAGACUUCCCCCCUCUGACCAAAGUACACACAGAGCCAGGCAUUGCAGCGGCUAAGUGGGAGAACAUUAUUCUGAUCGGCACAUACUUCUCCCCCAACCGACCGUUGCCAGCCUUUGAGAGGCACCUGGAGAAUUUAGCAGUGCUCAUACGAAGGGUGGCACCAACUCCGGUGCUGUUGAUGGGAGACCUAAACGCCAAAAGUGCGACAUGGGGCUCGCCCAUCACAGAUCCGAGAGGGGCAACACUAAGGGAUUGGGCAGCUACAAUGGGACUGAUAACACUCAACCAGGGAAAUGCCAAUACUUGCGUGCGACGACAGGGAGGGUCCAUCGUGGAUGUAACAUUCGCUACCCCUGUCGUCGCUGCUCGGGUUGGUGACUGGCGAGUUUUAGGCGACAUAGAAACCCUCUCCGAUCACGUUUACAUACGGAUGAGGGUCUCUUCCAUCCUCACAGCUGUGGUGACAAGAGGAGGCCAAAGAAGAGCGGGAAGGGAGCUCCCAAGGUGGUCGCUGGCACAGCUCGACCGGACUAUGGUGGACGAAGCGGCCAUGAUGGAAGCUUGGAAUGCCCCUUCACCAGACGUAGUAGGGACUGAGGCCAGGGCAAUAAGCUUUCGGUCGUCUCUUACGACCAUAUGCGAUGCGGCGAUACCCGCAUUAGGCGACCUUCUGCCAAAAAUCAAGUUUAUUGGUGGUCGGCGGAGAUAG